UCAUAUGCAAGGUCCAAACGACUCCUGUCCAUGGCUCAGCUUGCCGUCCUGGAUCUCACAGUAAAGAACAGUGCCAAGCGCAAUCAGCACCACCCCCAGAACGUCAGGGUACCGUCCAAGAUCCAUGUGCCUCUUGCCCAUUUGUGCUCCCCAGAUCUGAAAACCAUGCUAGCACAGCUCACAGUCACCCACACAGCCAUACGCGAAUACGACGCACAACCGCCAGGAGCGAGCUCAAUGGAGCAAGCGAGCAACGCUCAUGACGAGCUCAGCCUCGAGCUCACCCUGGCCGCCGCCGUUGGCGUGGAGCCGGCAGCGCCUCGCUUCUUCCUCUGCGCUUACUGCAACCGCAUGUUCCUCACCUCGCAGGGGCUCGGCGGCCACCAGAACGCGCACAAGCGAGAGCGUGCCGUGGCCAGGCUCCGCCGCGAUGCCGCGGACGACAUGCGCGACUCACCGGCUUGGAAGGCUGCUACUCGGAUGCCCAAGCAGCCUGCUGCGGGUGGCAUGGCGCCCAAAUGCGGCAGCAGCUGGCCGGAGCGCGACACCGAACUGGACUUGUGUCUCCGGUUAUAAUCGGUCGGUGGAUCCAUCUCUGCUGAAAUCCUUGCUCCGGAUCCCUUAUUUCGGGUGGUAGGUAUGUCAUAGGAUAGCUGCUUUGGGUCAAGUGGUGAACCCUUUGUUUCAAGAUCCUGUUGGGCAUACAGUAUAAGAAUGCUCAUGUUGGGCAUGCAUUGGACUCAUCGGUUCUUGUACUUUGAUUAUUUUUAAUCAUAUAGAACUAAUUAAAUCCCUAGACCUUUGCCGCUGCUUGGGAUGACGCAAAAUUCCCAUAUCUCCGGCCAGCUUGUAUGCUUGUUAUGGUAAUUA